AUGCCGAGAGCGGUGUCUACAAAGAUCUCCAGGUCGCACGACCUCUCGGCGGGCUCGCUCAGGCCCGCCGCCGCCAAGAGCGACCAGCACGGCUCCAACCAGAACUCGUCCGCCACCACCAAGAACCCCAUCUUCAACACCGACAAGUUUGGUCAGCACAUCCUCAAGAACCCGCUCGUCGCCCAGGGCAUCGUCGACAAGGCCAACCUCAAACCCACCGACAUGGUCCUCGAGGUCGGCCCCGGUACCGGCAACCUAACCGUGAGGAUCCUCGAAAAGGCCAAAAAGACGACCGUCGUCGAAAUGGACCCCAGGAUGGCCGCCGAGCUCAGCAAGCGUGUCCAGGGAAAGCCCGAGCAGCGCAAGCUCGAGAUCAUGAUUGGCGACUUUGUCAAGACGGACCUGCCCUACUUCGACGUGUGCAUCAGCAACACGCCGUACCAGAUCUCGUCGCCGCUGGUGUUCAAGAUCCUGUCGCACCGGCCCCUGUUCCGCUGCGCCAUCCUCAUGUUCCAGCGCGAGUUUGCGCUGCGGCUGCUGGCGCGGCCGGGCUCCAACCUGUGGUGCCGGCUGUCGGCCAACGUGCAGCUCUACGCCAAGGUGGACCACAUCAUGAAGGUGUCGCGCAACUCGUUCCGCCCGCCGCCGCAGGUCGAAUCGUCGGUGGUGCGCAUCACGCCCCUCAACCCGCCGCCGCCGAUCCCGUUUGAGGAAUUCGACGGCCUGACGCGCAUCGUGUUUACGCGGCGCAACAAGGUCGUCCGCGCGUGCUUCUUCGGCGCAAAGGGCGUGCUCGACAUGCUCGAGGCCAACUACAAGGUGUGGUGCGCCGAGCGCGAGGUCAUGGUCGACGACUCGGUGCCCUUUUCCCAGGUCGUCGACGCCAUCCUGCGCGACACGGGUUGCGCCGACAACCGCGCCGCAAAGAUGGACAUCGACGACCUCCUCAAGCUCCUCGCCGCCUUUCAUGAGAAGGGCAUCCACUUUUCCUAG